CCGGAAAAAAUAUAUAGAGACGAAGCUCAGAGGGGUUGUUGAGGUAUUGUGACUGUUAGUAAACUAUUUGACUAAUAAUUUUAAUGCUUUUGAAAUACAGGUACUUAAGGUAGAACUGUCGUACUUUUCUGAAAACCUCGUAACCUUCGUAUCUUAAAUGCAGUUAAAUCUGCUGCUCUAUAGUGUUAUUUGUGCCAUCACCAUCUUCACACGUACAAGCUUGAAGCAUCUUUUUUUUACCCACGUCAAGAGUCUAAAAGGUUUGCAUUGAAGUGAAACCAGAGAUUCAGCUGUAAGUGAAUGUGUUUCUUCAAAACGUUUCUUUAAGGACGUGCGUGAAAAGCUAAGCUGCUUUUCUAAGACUGUUGUGCUGGAACGUUCCUUCUCCAAAUUGCAAAAAUGCCUGACUGUCUUAUUGAAUCUUAAAGCCUGCCUUUAUCAUUGAUGAAAGAUUCAAAACAUUUUGAUGGCGAAUCAUGUCGUCAUCAGAACAACGAGAGAAACAAACAAGAACUGAGAUAUAUCCGUGUUAUGAUUACAAAUGAAAUUCUGGUUUUGAAUUGAAUCACACUGGGCUUCAGAGUCGCACUGCUGCCUUGCAGCAAGGAAGUCCUGGGUUCAAAUCCCGGCCCGGGCUUUUUCUGCAUGGAGUUUCCAUGUUCUCUCCCCGUGCAUGCAUGUGACCUCACUAGGUGUAUUGGAGUCAGACGACUUCACCGAGAUGCCUCUCUACGCUUUGUGCCUGAUGUAAUGAGCUUCUGUUUCCACAGUACACCAGAGACUUAACCCCAGCAUGUCAUCCACACCAAACAAAAACCCAACUUUCACUUGCUCUCGCGAAGCUGCUGAUCUGUCAGCCAAACGUAAGAGAAUGAAACAUUUGUCCAAAAGCCGGUUGAACGGCUUACGGAGAGACUGUCGAAUAAACAUCGGCGGGGCCUUUCAAAGUUGGCGCGACCUCAAAGAGUUGCGUGGAUUCAGGUCUGAUGCAGAGGUGGCCUUGCAUCUUCUUAAUGAAACAGAGACAUUUCCUCCUGCUGAAGCCGGCGUUAUGAGGCUAAAGAUCUCCCAAUCAGAAGUGCAAACUCUAAUUGAGCAGGAGGUCCAGAAUGCUGUGGCAAAUAAAGAAAGACAGAUGGAGAGUAUUAUACAACACAUUCAAGACACAAACGAUAAAGCCAGCUUCGAAACGUCCAUUCAGAAACUAGAGAGUAGAAUCGAUGCCAUAGCGAGGAGAGCGGAGGUGGCUCUCUCCCACUUAGCAAGAACUAAGAAACAGAGUUCUGCGUCCUCCACUGGUAACACUGACAUCCUCGGUAAAGGCCCAGAGCAUGACCCUUCGGAAGCCUCGUCACAGAUAGGCACAAUGAGAACAAAUUGUGAAGCGAAAAGUGGGGAGCUUCUCAAAAUGAUGGACAUGACAAGAAAGGCUCUGAAGAAUAUUCAUGCUGACAAGGAGGAGUUGACCGCUGCCUUGGCGGAUUUAGAGGACCCUCCUGUUCUGACGCCUCGGUGUUCUCCUGUUUCUAAGGGAAGAAAAGUGGGACAAAAAAAUCAGUGGUCAAGUAAUGAAGAUUUAUGUGAGAAGCCGUCGCCACCAUGUCUUAGUCCCUGUGUCUCUUCAGAGCAUAAGAAAAUCGGCAGUAUAAAAACAGAGGCAACAGAUUCCUGCAACAAGGACCGCGACAAUGGAAAUCGAGGCCAUGACGAUGAGCCCGUGGCAAAACGGUUAAAACAAGAAGCUUCCUCUCCUCGCCACAGCAGCAGUCCUGCGCCCAAUGAUUUGGAAAGCAUGGAGUCGAUGAACAAUGCGGAGGAGAUGCUUGUCUGUCCGCCUCUUCCCCACAUCCCCUUCCCAGCCGUCCUGAAUAAGGAAGCAGCUUCGUACAAGAUGCCUCCGAGAGUUGACGUAAAUCUGGCCUUCAUCAGGAAUCCGACUCGAGUCUCCGUCCUCUGGAACGUGGAGGACGACGACCCCGAUUUUCCACCGAUGGAAAGCUACACCAUCCUGCUGGCGAUGGAGACCUCUAAAGGGAACGGCGUCUUCCUCAAGUGGGAUACUUACGAUAAACUGCAGGCCAAGUCUCUGCCCAUGUGCGCUCUGAUCAAUAAGUUCAAGCGUGGGCACAAGCUGUGUGCCGUUGUGGUGGGCAAAGACAUAUUUGGUCGCUACGGACCCUACAGUAAAGUCGCUACUGCGAUCCUACCGGACUAGUUCAGAAGAGCAUGCAGGCAGGACGACCUUGAAACCUAAAAGCUUUCAUUUAUUCCUUGAGUGUUCAGAAUACAUUUUAUUGUUGUUUUUACGCAGGCAGAACUAUUUGUAAGUAGAACAAUAAACACUCAAAUGCCUAUAAAACAGUUUAGCUGUAGAAAGACGUCUCUUAAAAGUUUUACAGUCAGAUUCUAGUUGGUUUUAACAAAAUGUUGUAUUUUGUUUAUGUGCAAAUAAAGUUGACUUUUAAAUGUUACUUUCCAUCAGCCGGUACAUUUUUUUCCAUUGUAAAGUCAAACAAUUGAACAUAUUAUAACAUCAAUUUUGUUGAAUAAAAUCUUUGUUACAUUUUA